UAAGAAGUGUUAACUGUGAUUAUCGAAAACAAAAUAAUCCAAGAUGGCCGCUUUUCCCAGCCAGGAUAAGCGGCCUUUAAAAAAGGCUAGAUUGGGACCCCCAGAUGUUUAUCCCCAAGAUCCAAAGCAAAAAGAGGAUGAGCUUACAUCAACAAGUGUCAAACUUGGAUUCAGUAACCUGCCACAUUUCAAUGAUGAAUAUGGGUCAGCAAAGAAUGCCAACAUCAGUCAAGAGAAGUUUGGUGCGUUCUUCAGUGCGGUGAUGACAAAGAAGAUAGAAUUGAACACAUGGAGUGACAGCAGCAAGAAGAAGCCACAGAUUAUGAAAGAUAAUUUCUGGCCGGUAACCACACAGAAGAAACAACUGGUAGAAAGUUGGUUUAAAGACUUGGCAUCAGGAUCCAAACCCCUGGCUCAGCUGAGUAAGCGGGUUCCGUCAUUCUUCUAUAGUAAGAAAGAGGAAAUCUUCACCCACCUGUGUGAAUUCAACAUACCAAUGAUAAAAUCAGCAUGGUUCAUCAAGAUGACAGCUGCCCACUACCUUGCCAUGCAGGAAAAUAAACCCAAAAAGAGACAGACUGUAGAUCAGUCAUUAGAAUGGACGAUAGGUGUAACAAAGUUCAUGAAAGAACAGUUGAAUAAGGUACAGGAACAUUACCAUGGUAGCUCUGCUGGUCCUGUGAUGAGUUUCCUCACAGCUACCCAGGCACCCUCGCAAGUGGAUCUGGACCUAGCCCUCAAACAGUGGCACUACUGCUCAAGACUUGCCAGACAUAUGUAUGAUGAGGGAUUGCUGGACAGACAUGAGUUUUUGACCUGGAUUGUUGAGUUAGUGGAGAAAACAAAACAAACAGAUGAUACCAUUUUAAAACUGGUCCUUAAAGAACUCUUACAGUAUUUAGAUGAAGUAACGUUAUCUGCCCAGUUAUCUAGACGUCUCGCUUAUGCUGCUUGUCGUAGGAUCAGUCAGCUAUGUAAUGAUUCAGGCUGUACCUCACCAAGGACUCAGUCACCUAUGCUGAACUCCAGCAACAACAAUAACAGUAACAAUCAGUUGGUAUCGCAGAAUCCUCUUGCUGCUGUGUUUGCAGAAUACAACAACUGUCCACAGCAUCGAGGUAUUAUACUGAGUCUCAGUGCAUGUCUCCAGGUUAUAACAAUGACUAGUCCUUCAGCAAUGAUCUGGAACAACUUAAAUGAAGGACGGAGUAGUUCCCCUUACUGUGGAUCGCCACUGGAUAUUCUCCCCUGUUCACCAUCUUGCUUACCAAUGCCACCAAGUGAACAAAAUAAUCAGAUUCGUUCCCAGAUUAGAACAAUGGAACAGCAGAUAAGGUUGCGUAGCAGGGCAGCUGAAGUGAGAUGGUCUUCUGAUAAAUGUCAACAAUCAACAACUGGAUAUACAAUGGGUAAAGUGCUGAACGUGCUGGACAUGUUAGACAGACAUAACUUUGACAAAGUGGAGAGUAACAACUGUCUUGACUCGCUGUAUAACAAAAUCUUCACUGUCACUCAGAACAAGGAUGGAAAUGAGCCAUUGGUCAGUGAUGAGCCAAUCAUAACACUCCUUAUAGACUGGGCAGUUAGCACCAAGAGACAAGGUGCUCAUAGGGCAGUUGUAGUUGCAAAACUACUAGAGAAACGCCAAAAUGACAUAAGGAUUGAGAAAUAUGGGGAUUCGGACCUGCCAGAUGACAAAGAUUCUGCAGGCAGUGAUAUGAUGAUACCAGCCAGUGUUCCUGUGUUCCAAACUCUACUUCUUAACUUUCUAGAUACUAAAGCUCCAGUGCUAGAUGAUACUGCUAACUCAAGUGAAGACAACCAGCAAGCUUUUGCCAACCUGAUUCACCUGUUCUCAGAGUUGAUACGUCAUGAAGUAUUCUCACAUGAUGCUUACAUGUGUACAUUGAUCUCACGUGGCGAUCUCAUGUCUGCACCUGCUAUGGCAUCCAUGGCUGCUGAUAGUGUAGACUUGCUGAGUAUGAAGAGUGAAGUUGAAAGUAUUAAACAUGAGCAUCAGGAUGAUAUUAAAGUAGACAUGGAUAUCCAUACAAUGGAUACAGACUUUGGCAGUUUCUUUGAUGUAAAAGAUGAGCCAAGAUUGAGUCCAACUGCACCAGCAUCAGUAAAAUCGACCAAGUCAGAGAAAGAACAACCUAUACCUAGUGUAAGCAAGCCAGAUCAGUCUAUGAUGACAGAGCAGAAGGGCCCGUCCAGACAUCAGCAGUAUGCCACACACUUCCCACUGCCACAGGAUGAACUGUCAAGCCAUGAGUGUAAUCAGAGACUGGUUGUCCUGUUUGGUGUUGGUAAAGCUCGGGAUGCUGCUCGACACAUUUUGAAAAAAGUUGGAAAAGAGAUUCUGCGAUUGUACAGUCGUAAAAGUUGUAUAGACAUGAGUAGCGGCGAUCUCGGAAAACCGAAGAAAAAGAAGGAUAAAGAUGAACCUAGUUCGGUGUCUGUCGUCGGGAAUUUAGAAGUGCUAUUUGGAAAGUUUCACAAAUUAUCAUACUAUGAUCAGCACGUAGUGACGUGGCAAUGUACAAUGGCCGUACAUGAGCAGAUAAACUGUUUUACGUCUGGGACAUCAGCGUAUCUUCCCCAGGUUGAGAAUAUAUCUUACCUCUUCGAUCUGAUGGAACAUUCAAUGGAUGUGAACACUCUUCUUGAGUUUUCUGUCCAGCUGUUAAAAGAUCUGAGUAUUGUAGAGAGUCAGUUAUCUGCCAGUAACUCUAACCUGUCUGGAAUCUACACAACAUCACUUUGUCUGUGUAUUGUGGCAAUCUUCAGGAAGUACCACUCUUUCCUCCUUGUCUCGGAGGAUCUUACAUUCCAGGCAUUUGAAGGUCUGAUUGGUGUAGUGAAACAUGUAUGUAACCCAGCCGACUGUUCAUCAGCUGAGAGGUGUAUCCUUGCUUACCUGUAUGACGUCUACACAUCUUGUAGCUAUCUCAAGAACAAGUUUCAAGAGAUGUUUAGUAAUGCGUACUCUAAGAUACGGGUAACACUGUAUGCAGAUAUAAAACCAUCUGCUUCAAACCUCAUGUGGGAUCCUUCAUUCAUGGGCAGUUUCCUGGAAAAUGCUAAGACUAUACCUAUAGAACAGGCAUUGAUAGAUCAGUUAAACAAACAAGCAGCUAGUCGAUACAGUUUUGUUGUAAACACAAUGCUGAAUAUCUGCAAAUUCUUGCUGUCUUCAGACAGGUUGAAUGAAAUCAGUGUGUUGUGUGCAGAGCUGACAGCUAAAUGUAACUCUCUGAGUGCUGAAUGGUUAGGUGUGCUCAAAGCAUUGUGCUGCUCGUCCAAUCACAACUGUGGUUAUAUUGAUGUACUCACACAGAUAGAUGUGAGCGACUUGUCUUUCCAUGAUAAUUUAGCAGUAUUUACAUCAAUAUUGAUAGCUCGACAUUGUUUCUCUCUGCAAGACUUCAUAGGAUAUGUAGCUUUACCAUCUCUAGUCAACCCUGCAUUUGCUGGAGGAGACCAGGAUGCUGAGCCGGGAGCCAGGCUGACAUGUCAUCUGUUGUUACGACUGUUCAAGGUGUCUCACAACAGCAAUAACCCCUACCCUGGUGGUAACAAGAGAGGGACGUACGUAAAAGCAUCCUCUGAUCGACAUUUGCUAGCUGCAGUACAUAAUAACAUUGAUGUUGGUGCUGUUCUCGCUGUAUUGAAGGCAAUGCUAGCUUUAGCUGACUCGUGUCGAGAUGAAGUGAAAACAAAGUCAUCAAAUAAGAAGGACAGUAAAGGAGGAGAUGAUAUUAUCAGCACUCUACUCAACAGUUUAGAUGAUGAUAUCAACAUGGAUAUGAUGCUUGGAACAUCUGGUAACAUGGAGAAUGCAGGACUGAGUGAAUUCUCCAAACAUUCUUUACGAGAAAUGUGCAGUCAGGACUGGGUACGAGAGAAGUUCUUGCGGGAUCCAGAGGGUCUGUUUAAUGCAGAGAUGUUGCUAGACACAAUGCUGAGCUCGGAACAGACCCAGCAGUUGGUCCGAAUGAUCUGUUACCCAUCAAGUGCUGCCAGCAAGAUGGACGAUGAUGAAAUAGAUAACAAGGAAACUAUCAGUCGAAUCUUGGAAACUCUUGACCCAUGGACCCUGAGGGUGUCUUUACUUGAACUGAAUCUCAUGUUUAAACAGGCUAAAAGCAACGCAGAAACGAACUGUAUCCUUGACAACAUAUCACAGGGUACUAUACAUCUGUUCCACCAGCAAACAGAGCAGCACAGUAGAACAACCAAUAAUUCACAGGCUGCAGCAUUGCUAGAGACCAUGCCGGUACAGUCACCUAAAAAUGACUCUACAGAGAAAGACAAUAGUGUAUGGUUAGUGGCUCCUCUCAUAUCAAAGUUACCGAGUGGUGUGCAGGGCAGAGUACUGAGGCAGGCAGGGCAAGUGCUGGAAAACAGCAACACCUUCUUGGCACCCAAAAGCAAACUAGACAAAGAGCGCAACCAAAGAAGUAGAUCAUUAUUGAGUCAUCAGCCAUUUCUGUCCCUUAUUCUGACAUGUUUGAAGGGCCAGGAUGAACAAAGAGAAGGUCUGCUUAACUCACUCCUUAACCAGCUUGAAAAAUUCAUCAACAGUUUCAGGGAAAUGCUGGAGAAGUACCCUGAUGAGGCAAAGAUCAGGAACAACAUCCAUGAGACACUACAGCUAAGGUUGUCUCUUGUUGGAGGGAUGUUUGACACGAUACAACGUAACACAGGUUUGACAACGGACUGGGCGUUACUUUUGCUACAGCUGAUCAGCAGUGGAGUAGUAGAUCUGCAUUCUAAUUAUGAACUGUUUACCACAGUGUUAGAUAUGUUGAACUGCCUGAUGCUAGGAACAUUGGUACCAGAUCCUAGUGAAAAAUCUGAUGACAACAGAAAAGUGCAUGGAAACCUGGUGAAAAAACUGAGAAAAGAGCUUGGAGAUAAAAUAUUUGAGGCAACAGACCAGAUAAGACAGUUACUUCCCCUACCAAAACGAUAUUACGAGGUAGUUACUGUGGAGCCACAUGGUACACUGGUGGACACAAAGGGCAACAAAAUCACCGGCUUUGACUCUAUCAAACGUAAACAGGGUUUACAAGUGGGGAAGAUAGAAAUGGUGAGUCCCUGGGAUGUGAUAGAAAGUACAAAGAACCCUCCCCCAUUGUCAUGGACAUUUUUUGGAGCAGUUCGAGUGGAGAAGAAACCUUUAAAAUAUGAGGAACAACACAGAUUAUUACUAUACCAUACACACUGUCUACAGAAACCUGCCAGCUACUACCUGGACCCACCAACACUGCCCCCCGAGGAGUUAGAACCACCCCCAGAGAAAGUGCAACAGGAAGAAAAGCAGAGCCGGGAGCCAGUGAAGGCGGCUGCAUCAGUAGAUUCUAACAGACCAAACAGAACAAGGAAGAGACGAGGGUCUCGAGUCACAAACUCAACUUCCUACACACCACCCUCUAUGCCUAGACAGUAUAGUACAGGUUACACAGAUCCUAUAUAUCCACAACAAGCCCCUCCCUCUAACUGGUACGGUGGCCCUCCACAGACACAACAACAACCCCCCUACAUGCCACAACAAACAAUGCAGCCAGCUCAGGGACCAAGGUUUGGGCCAGGCUUUGCCUCUCCCAAGCAGGCUAUUCAGUCAAUGCUGCGAGCACGCCAGCCUGGUACCAACAGUUAUAUGCCGCAACAAUCCAUGCCAAACAUGCAGCUUCUGCAGAAGCAGCGGCAGCAGCAGUUGGUACGACAACGUCUGCAGCAACAGUUUCAUCCACAGAACAGAAUAGCAGACAACCCUGCUCUCUAUGGUAACAGUGUACAGGGUGGCAAUCCAAACUCUGGAAUGAUGUCAAUGUCACAAGAUUACUCUGGAGCCCCAAUGAACCCAUCAACCUAUCAGUCUAAUUAUGGUAACAUACAGUCACAACAGCCAAUGGAACCAAUGACCUCUGGGAUGAUGUCACAGAACUUCAACCAAUCAUAUCAAAGUUCCCAAAAUCCUUCAAUGAUGCCAUCAAUGCCUCAGCAGCCUAACUACAUAUCACCACAGAGUCAGCCAGCGCAAGUGCCAUACUCCAGUACUUCUAGAAUUCCCAUGCAGUCUGGAGGUAUGAACCCACCUGCCACCAUGAGUGGUAUCGGAAACUAUAACCAGAUGGGCCAGUCCCCGUCAGUAGGACCUGGAGGUGGCGGGCCUUUCAUGCAGCGUAUGCCGACGCCCCAGCAGCAACAGCGCAUGCAGCAGUAUAGACAACAACAGAUGUUACAGAUGCAACAGAAGCAGCAACAAAUGCAGGCACAACAGUCAAACCAGCAGACAGCUGCCAUACUCGCACAGUUACAGAGGCAGGUCCCUAAUCAGGCACAGCCUCAAAUGAAUCCUAGUUUUAAUCAGUAUCCACCACAAAACUUUUGAGAUGACAAAUGGUAAUAGACUAUGGAAGCAAGGAUGAAGAAAGAACAAAAUUCUAUGAAGGGCAGUCAUUUUUGCACAGUUAUGUGGUCUCUUAAUAGGCACAGCCCCAGAUGGUCCCAUAUAUUUGUUGGUUAUGAAGGUGUUUAAGGAGUUGUAGGCCGAUUGUAUGAAUAAAAAUGGGUGAAGUAUAUAGAGAAGCUACAUAACUUCAUUAGAGGGAAUUUAUCUAGAGUUGUAUAAAUGUUGCUGUCACUUAUUAUGAUGUACAUAUGGAGGCUUGCCCUUUAAAUAAAUUGAUUGUGAUGAUCAUUUUAAAACAAGAUCACAGAUAACUGAUAGUACAGACACAGCUUGGUAUGAAUUGUUUAUGUUUGAUCCUUUCUGUAACAAGACAUUUCCUUGAUGUCUCUUUAAAUAUGAGACAAUACCAUUCAUAUUUUACAUCAUUAUGAAGAACUUUAUAGGUGGUACAUUUGAUAGGAUUUUUUUUUCGGUUUUUGAAUUAAUUUUAUUGCUUUAUUUUAAAAAAACAGCAAUUUGUUUGGGGUAUUUCAGUGGACAUGUUGAAGUUUCAAAAUCUAAUUUUUGGCAGUUUUUGUUGCUGGAUUGUUACAAAAUUUCAGGAUAUCUUAGUUACCAUAAAAGCAACAUUUACUAGUAACAUUAUUGAAAAAGAUGUCUUCUGAAAAAAUUCAUGGGCCACAAUUUUACACUGUGAAAAAUACAUCUUUGGCCAUAAAGUUUGACUGCCUUGCUGAUAUCUUUAAAAAAAAAAUCAAAAAGUUCAUACUACUAUUCCUGGAGACUGUCAGAAUGAUAUAUAAUUAUAUCUGGAUUUUGUAAACCUGAAAAUUCUGGUUAUGGAUAUAGUGGAUCAAAAAGUAGACAUUUUUUAAGGAAUACAGAUAUGUCCUGUAGUUGGAUACAUACAGCUGUUAACUUGUGCAUAUUGUUUGUUUAUGCCAUAUUGUGUUAUUGAUUGAUUAGCGUACACACCAUCAAACAAUAUUGUGAAUUUCUGUAAAUGUUGCAUAUUAAUUUUUGGUAAUAAAAUUAUUGCAGAGCA